AUGCCUUACCCGGCUACUCCCUCACCAUUCCGACUAUCCCGCCGCCAACCGUCCACGCGCCGGACUGCUGGUCCCCAGUUCGCUAAUUCCCCACGAUUUCUGUUCUCACAAACCACACAAACGACAGAUGGGGACUCAGACAUAGCAGAUGAUGACUUUCCACCAUCAACAGCACCGGUGGGACUGACACCGAGGACGCACCAAGACGACAUCCCUUCUCGUUCUCGGCGUGAUGUCAUCGUGGACUGGGAUGAUGAAGAUCUUCCUAGAAGUACUUGCACGCAACGAAAACCGAAUAACCCGGCAUGCGAUAUUAUAGACAGCACGCCACCAGAAGCACUAGAGGGGCCGGGAAUCUUCGACGCAGGCGACGAGGACAAUCCCGAGGUUCAUCAAGAUAGCAACAAACGCCGACGCAUAUUGGAGGAAAAUCUACCAUUCCCACAAAAUUUGGGAGAAUCUAUCGAGGAACAGUCCGAGUCAUCACCAGAUCGCCCGCAUAAUGUCGUUACCGCUCCCCCUGCCACACCCGCAGCUCAUCCUCCUCCCGACGCAACGACGCAGAUCUCUUCCAUGCAAGCCCCAAUAGGCGGCCCAGCCGGGUUAGGAACGCCAACGCCAGCCAGCACUAGAACUCCAUUUCAUGUCAAACCUCGGUUCAUUCUAUCAGCAAAAAAGCCACCUGCCAGCCAGCCGGCAUUUAGAGCCGAGACCCCAGCGCCAUCAUACCCAGCCUCAACUCCGGCUGAAAAGCGCAAGCCGACAUUUGUGCUGCCGGCGUCACCGUCACCGAAAAAACCGGUGGACGAUAUUCCGGCUCCUUUUUCACCUUCUUCCCGCAGUCUACGGCGUCGUGGACGGCCUCGCGCAGGCGCAUCGGGCUAUACGUCUGGUGGCAUGGCGGCAGAGGUACGAAGCUGGGUCCUUGAUAUGGGAUCUAAACGGGAACAAGCAAGACAUACAAAUGCGGAGCUUGAUGAGGUUAGCAAGAGCUCCGAUGAGUUUAGCCAAUAUGUCCUGGCUGCUCGAGUUCUUAGUGUGGCUCAGGGGAGCUUGAGCAGUUCUGGCCCACUGGCAUUCAUUCAAGUAGAGCGCGUGAAAGACUCAUCGGGAAAAAAGGACGACUCGAAUGUCCUUAAUAUAUUGGCUAUGGGAGAUCCCAGGUCUAAACCACAAUCAUGCUCUAGAUCAAGUCCGAUCAUGAUCCAAGCUGGGGAUUGGCUUGGAUUUCACCGAGGUCUAGCAUGGGACAUGGACUUAGCAAGCCCCAGAGGAUGUGAAUCUACCGAAAGUAUGCGGAAUUUAUUGCGUGAUACAGAUGGCAUUGAGAAUUGCAAACAACACUGGCUUGUAGCUAUGGAGUGGGACCUUAUAUCCGAAGCUACUUGA